AUGAAUCUCGUUCAACCAACACCCGAUAUGCGCGUUUUCAUUCGCCAAGAGCUUCGUGAACCAGAAAAUCCUGAAGCCAUUGAAAAGGAUGUGGCUGCCAUUCGUGAAUGGUUGGAACUUCAACCACAUUUGCCAAAAGAUAUGGACGAUGCACGUCUUCGCACAUUUUUGCGUGGCUGCAAAUUCAGUUUGGAAAAGGUGAAGAAGAAGUUGGACAUGUACUAUACCAUGCGUAAUGCUGUCCCAGAGUUUUUUGCCAAUCGUGAUGUCGAUCGUCCUGAGUUGACUGAAAUUUUCAAAGUUGUGCAAGGUCCAAUUCUACCAGGUUUGACUCCAAACGGUCGUCGUGUAUGUGUUUUGCGUGGUGUUAGCAAAGAUAUGGCGACACCAAACAUUAAUGACUGCAUGAAAUUAGUUUUAAUGGCUGGCGAUAUUCGUUUGAAGGAAGAACAAGUUGGUGUUGCCGGUGAUGUUUACAUUUUGGACGCAUCUGUUGCUACGCCCGGACAUUUUUCAAAAGUUUCACCAGCCAUGGUUAAGAAGUUCUUGAUCUGUGUCCAAGAAGCUUAUCCAGUUAAAUUGAAGGAGGUGCAUAUUGUGAAUGUAUCACCGAUCGUUGAUACCAUCAUCAACUUUGUGCGUCCAUUCUUGAAGGAGAAGAUUCGUCAGCGUAUUCAUUUCCACAGCACCUUGGAUUCGUUAUACAAAUUCGUGCCCCAAAAGAUGUUACCAAAAGAAUACGGCGGUGAUGCUGGUACUGUAGAAGAAUUGACUGAACAAUGGCGCCUAAAACUCCGUGAAUACACUCCAUGGUUCAAGGAGCAAGAAGAUAAAAAAGCAAACGAAGCAUUGCGACCGGGAUCACCAAAGACUGCCGACGAUUUGUUUGGCAUGGACGGAACUUUCCGUAAAUUGACCAUCGACUAGAAACAAAAUCACCACUGCCGACUACUUCACACAUUCUUUUGAAUGAAUUAGAAAUUUAAAUUUUCGUUUCAAUUCAACACAAUUGCAAUUCAAUCAUUCGCGAUCAUGGUUUUAUUUAAAUUUUUUAUUAGUUUUAUCAUUUAUUUUAUUUUAAUGGCUAAAUUGUUUUUAAUUCUUACACUAUCUCCUCCUAUCCCUCUAUGCUGUCUUCUGUUCUACUGGCUAAACCAAAAAAAAAUCUAAACUUCUUUUCCAUUUCCAAUAAUAUACAGAGUGUAUUUCUCUGUGCAACACGAAGAAAUACCAUAAAAAAUGGCACAUCUGUCGCCAAUUUAAUAGCUCACCGUUUGUUAGAAUUUUAUUGUAAUUUAUCGUUUCAAGUGAUUUACCAAUGCAAUCACCAUAAAACGCACCAAAAAAAGAAACAAAUGAAAUACCAAAAGGCACAAUCAAAAUGAGACCAUUAGAUAAAGAAACCCGUUCGACUUCUCUCUUUUCAUUGUUUUAUGAUUUCUCUUUUGUUUAUGUCAAUAUUUAAUUGUUUAGUUUUUAGCGGUGAUUUAAUUAUUUGUUAGCACCAUUUGCACAACUCUCACAAAUAAAACAAAAAAAAAAUCGAUAAAAAAAAUAAAAUUUGCUAAAAAAAAAA